CUUUAUUUAUGACAUUUUAUUUCCGCAAUAAGUAUCAGUAGUAGCCUGAAUAAAUUCAAAGUAAGAAGUGCUUUUGCUUGGGUCUUAGUCUAUUCUUUAUGUUUAGGUCUAAGAAUGGUUUGGCAAAUACGGGCUUCAGUGCGAAAAUAUUAAAUUGCUUAAGGAUGAAUGUUCUAGCAAUCGUUGCUGGGUAACCGGUGCCUCUUUAAUCUGCGUGGAUUGUAAUGCGUCAAUCGCAAUGACGUGUUUUAUCUCCAGACAAUCAUUGUGAACAAUGACAAAACAAUCGUGUCGCAUUAAGACACGUAUCGAAGUUGUGACAUUGCAAAAUUUAUCUUCUAGAACGUAAGUCUGGUGAAUUUAAGUAAAUAAAAUGUGCCGUUUGGCCGAAUUAGUUUCUCGAAUGAUUCCCACGCCUUUUGUGGACAUAAUGCAUGGAUAUUCAGCGACUUCAGGUUAUUGUGGGAAUAUUUAUUUACACAUGUUAAGUGUGGUGGGGAUACUCAAUUAUUUAGUGUAUCUUGUGUACUUAAGUGUAUUAAAAAAUGUGCUGUAUUGUGUUAACGUGUGUAUGUUUGCAAUGAUAAAAGUCGAUGUUUAGUUUCUUUUCAGUCCAGUUGUUUAGUUAAUGUGAGAUGUGAUCCUUACCGGAACCGAUUCAUUUCCUGGAGAAGGAGGUCGCAUUAUUGAUGGAAUUAACGAGACUCUUCAACAGAGCGGUGCCAUUGAGGUCGAUCGCCGUUACAUACUGAAGACAUACGGGCGACAGAAGAAUUGUUUUGUGUUUGCAUUUAUGUGUAGAAAGCCAUGUCAAAUACAAACACCGAUACCUAAUUUUUUGCAGGUUUUCUGCUGGGAGAAGGCUCUGCGUUCCUGCCGGGUUCCACGUGCGACUGCCCGACGUCGUUAACCGGACGCAAACACGGGUCAAAAUAAUUAUUUAUUCCAUGUAGUAGUUUGUUUGUAUAUCAUUUUAAUGUCUCACUUAAUGAUUACAAGAUGUAUACGAUUCUUCUGCAAUUACGAACAAAUGUAAAACACAUUUUAACUAAUCGAUUAAACAUACAAUGACAUAUAUAUUUGCUAUAACAUAUGUGAUUGCUUAUAUACAUAAUGAGCUUAUUUCUAUGUAUUCAUUUUAAAUCGUCAGUUUCGUGGAGAAAACCUAUUCCAAACUUAGUUCUAAUGGUACUGUGGUUAACCCAGGCAGAGGUUUCUACAAAACAAUUGAAGCUAGAACUUCCGACUUUCAUCCAGUCACGUCUUCGUCAAUGGGUCCACAAAACAACGUCGUACUACGGGAAUACUACCUUGACACUUAUUUGAACUCUGACCUUGAUACGAACUUCACGGACAAGGUCAAGGCCGAUCUCAAUGUCAUUCAAGAUCAAGGGUGGACGGUUAUUCUCAGAUUCGCCUAUUUGGACUCUAUUUGUAAUAACCCGACCUGCCGCGAACCCAGCUACUCGCGCAUGAUCUCUCAUAUCCAGAUGUUGGACCAAGAGAACGUGUUCCGGGACUAUGAAGGGAUCAUCGUGGCAAUCCAGGCGGGGUUUGUCGGCGUCUGGGGGGAUUGGCACGACACGAACAGCGAAUUUGGGAUUCCCGGAAGUUGUGCGACUGACAAUCUCGGCCUCAAUGACGUCCAGUGGGCGCACAGGAAGGGAAUUCUCCAAGCGCUCUUCGACGCGACGCCACCUUCAAUUGAGAUCUUGGUUCGAAUCCCGGCGUUCAAGUUCCAUCUAUACGACAAAGUGGCGACAAAUCUCUCAGACGAGGAAACGCGGGCCCCCAAAUCACGAAUAGGGUUUCACAACGACGCCUUUCUCUCGGAUAUGGACCAGAAUCAAGGAACGUUCAUAUGCAAAGGCGACCGGAAGUACAUGGCGGAGGACAGCCUUUACAACUACGUCACCGGCGAAACCGAUAGUGCCUUGACGCCCGCAGCAUGGACCUGUGCUAACGCUGAGACGGAGCUUGCUCAAUUCCACUUCUCAAGUCUGAGUACUGACUAUCUGAAAACGAUAAUAGAGUCAUGGAAACAGAAUGGCUGCUAUGACGUCAUAUCCGGUCAUCUUGGAUACCGGCUGUACUUGACAAAAGCUAUUCUACCCUCCUCAGUCACAGCAGGCGGAGAGUUCUGCUAUCACAUCGAGAUAAAUAACGAAGGCUACGCCGCGCCGAAUAAGGAAAUGGAGGCCCAUAUAGUGCUGGAGAACACCGGAAACGGCGCCCUCUACUCAGUGAUGGUACCCGGUGUGGAGGUACGGGCUUGGUUACCGGGCGACUUCCAAACUCUACAGGGAACCGCGGGCGUGCCAGCCGCCUUGCCCCUCGGGCAUUAUAAGGUACACCUUGUUCUCCUCAACAAAGUGCUUGGAAAGAACAACAAAUAUUUUGUUCUUAUGGCUAAUGAAAAUGGCGUCCAAAACACGGCAACGCGAAUGAACAGCCUCGGUCAAACUGUUGACGUCACAUCCGGUCUCUGCAACAGCCAAUCAGCAGCCGUGUUUAAUGCGUGGCAACCACCUGGAAAUGGUUGCGCGUACAAGAUUGCAGACGGUUCGUUUGAGGCAGAUCACAUCUGGUACCCGUAUGAAAAUGAGUUUGUGACGAAAAGCGGUGACGCCAAGGACGGGAACCAUUACAUUUCGGUGACCAACGGCGGAGCUUAUCAGGACAUCGUGUUUAACAGCUCUCCCGUGACCUCGUUCGAGCUGAGCGGAUGGAGUCGCGGGCAUUCAGCAUCGGUUCCGAAUCCCGCCGACUACUCGAUUUUCUGUGACCUGACGCACGCAGACGGCACGGAGACGUUUGGAUAUUUCACGAAUUAUGACGUCACGCGUACCGCGUGGAGCAAAGUGGUGCUCCGAGUUAAUAUUACACAGGUGAUUCAAAGUGCCAGAUGUUACGCCAUGUUUCGUAACGGUUCCGGGUCCGUCGAUUUCGAUAAUUUCAAGAUGGAAUCCUGUUCAUAAUUAACGAUGGGUCGUGUGGUCGUUUUUUUCAAUGUGUCGAAAUUAAUAGAAUGCUUUACACUUUUCUGAAUAGAAACUUUGAAUAUAAUUUGACAUGAACAUGAACCUGCAAUGUUUUUUUAUAUUUAAUUGAAUUUGUUAAAUAGAUCUAUGCUAUCUCCAAUAAAUACUAGUCAAACUUU